UUGAUUUGUGUUGUAUCAGGUGAGCUUAUCAUGGGUGUUGCCUUGUGAAAUGGGCUCUGUCCUGGUACUAGGUUGGAAUGAGUAUAGAUCAUGUUGUAGAGGGAUUAAAUCUACUAUCUACAUGUUCCGUUGAUGAUAUUCUGUUUGCGUUCUACUGGACAUAGUUAUAGUCUUCCUUCGUGGCAUCCAUUUGGAUGGUAUGAGGAGAACACUGUUGCAGAGGACAGACAAUCUAAAGGAAUAUAAGAAUAUGAAGAUGUGAUAAAUUGGAUCAAAAUUAAAGAUGAACUAUGGAUUACAUCUAUCAAAACAUUUUUAUUAACUGGAUAAAGCCAAUGCCUACUGGAUAUCUCCCCAUACGCUAUGUGAGCCAAUUUUAAGGAACUGCUGAACAUUACAUUGGAACUAUACUCAAAAUGAUGAAAGACAGUCAUUCCAAAAGAUGGCCAGCCCCAAACCAAUAUCUUUCUGGAACUUACAUGAUUAUGUACGAUUCAGAAAUUGGAGGACCCCCAGAUCAAGGUGCUGGUUCAGGAGGGGUGGGGCGCAGAAGUUCAAGGAGUAGGAGGAGAGAACACCAUGAACCAGAAACAAGAUAUAGAUCAGAUAUUCGGGAGGAGGCGGUGAAAGCAGCCCUUGCCAAACACAAUGACCUUCAGAUGCCCCUACCUUCCAAAAGGCAUUCGCUGCAUGCCAACGUUGUUCCCAUAGAAACACCACCAGAAUCAGAGACAGACGAUGAUGACUCCAUCUCCUCGUCCUCCUCUCAUCACACACAUGACAUUGGGGCGGGGUCUUCAAGCUUCCAUUAUGUGGGUAGUGGUGAACCUGGUCUUAAUCCACAUUACCAUAGACUGCAGCCAGCCAAUGGACAUGUUAGUGGUGGACGAGGGGCUGUGUCCGGUACGAGGGGUCUUGACAUCGCAAGCAGCUGGUCUGGUGGCGCUGUGCAGCCGCCUCCUGACGUGACAGCAAGCUCGGGCCACAUCGCGUACGUUCAGGGAACAAGCAAGCACGCAGACGAUUCAGGGUCGAUGGUGAACAGUAAGGUGUCUGCCAAGAUUCAGCAGCUUCUAAACACACUGAAGAGACCUAAGAGAAAACCACUACAAGAAUUCUUCCAAGAUGAAGAAGAAGAAUUAGAAGCUGCAAGCGAAAUGGACCCCAACGCACCCCAGCCUGAGGGUAAUACAAUCACACCUGCCAUCGGAGAACAGCUAAAUGUACCGACAGGCUUACCCAGGAAUUUAGAGGCGGCGGUCCAGAGAUACGGCACUGCAACCCCCAAGGUUCCUGUCAUCUCAUCACUAGAUGCCAAUGGCAAAAUACAUUUCCAGCUCACAUAUGGAAAACUUCUCAGCCGAGCAAACAAAAUUGCUUAUUUCUUGCUGAAUAAACUAGGCGGAAAAGAACCCAUACUGAAAUCAGGGGACAGAGUGGCGCUUGUAUAUCCCAACUCGGACCCAGCAGCAUACGUUUGUGCAUUUUAUGGCUGUCUCUUUGCAGGGAUCGUACCAGUUGCAAUAGAUGUACCAGUCACUAAAAAGGAUGCUGGUAGUCAACAGAUUGGUUUCCUACUAGGAGGUUGUGGCAUCUCUGUUGCCUUGACAACCAGUGCCUGUCUCAAGGAGCUACCAAAGACACAAUCAGGGGAGGUGUCCAGAUUCAAAGGUUGGCCGAAGCUUGCGUGGCACGUAACAGAACACCUCUCAAAACCUCCCAAGGAUUGGCAGAUCCCACCCCGCCCUGCAGACGAUAUGGCUGCAUAUAUUGAGUACACAACGGACAACGAGGGCAGCGUGAUGGGUGUGACGAUUCCUAGACGGUCGAUGGUUUAUCACUGUCGGACGUUGACUGUUGCUUGUAGCUAUGGGGAAGGAGAGACCAUGGUGAACGUCCUGGAUUUCAAAAGAGAUGUAGGAUUAUGGCAUAGUGUACAAGCUAGUGUCUUCAAUGGGAUGCAAGUAUAUUUUGUUCCUUACUCACUCAUGAAAGUAAAUCCAGCAUCAUGGAUGCACAUUGUAACCAAGUACAAAGCCACCCUUGCCAUUGUGAAAUCAAGAGACAUGCACUGGGGUCUGAUGGCCCAGAAAGAACACAAAGGAAUCAACCUGAACUCAUUAAGAAUGCUUCUGGUUGCUGAUGGAGCUAACCCUUGGUCCCUGUCAUCAUGCGAUGCAUUCUUGAGUACUUUCCAGAGUAAAGGUCUCAAACCUGAAGUGUUAUGUCCAUGUGCUUGUGCUGCAGAGGCUCUCACUGUCUCAAUACGAAGUGGUAAAUUUUGGCCUGGUAAGACCGGUAUGACGGCAUCAGGUCGAGGGGUGUUAUCGAUGGCUGGUCUGUCGUACGGUGUUGUCAGGGUGGAUACAGAUGACAAACUCACAUCAUUAACGCUGCAGGAUGUUGGAGUAGUCAUGCCAGGAGCUGCUAUGGUUGUAGUGAAGAUUGAUGGUCCACCAGUCCUGUGUAAGACGGAUGAGAUUGGAGAACUUUGUGUCUCAUCAGAAUCGGUUGGAGGAUCAUUCUGGGGUCUGAAGGGAAAGACUAAUGCUACGUUUAAUGUGACAGCAUUAACGGACUAUGAGCAGCCAAUCAGCGAUCAGCACUUUGUUAGGACCGGACUGCUUGGUUUCCUUGGACCAGGUGGACUAGUGUUUGUUUGUGGUAAGGUAGAUGGCUUGAUGAUCAUCAGUGGUAGAAGGCAUAACAUGGAUGACAUCAUAGCUACUGUACUGGCUGUUGAACCACUCAAAUUCAUCUACAGAGGGAGAAUUGCAGUGUUCUCGAUAAAGGUCCUAAAGGAUGAUAGGAUAAUCAUCAUUGCAGAACAAAGACCAGAAGCAUCAGAAGAAGAGUGUUUCCAAUGGAUGAGUAGAGUACUACAGGCUGUGGACAGCAUUCAUCAAGUUGGAGUGUACUGUCUGGCCUUAGUUCCUCCAAACUCACUCCCCAAGACUCCUCUUGGAGGAAUCCACCUGUCAGAGACCAAACAGAGAUUCAUCAAUGGAACACUUCAUCCUACCAAUGUACUCAUGUGCCCUCAUACGUGUGUGACCAACCUUCCUAAGCCAAGGAUAAAACCUACAGAUGUUGGUCCUGCAUCAGUGAUGAUGGGUAACCUGGUAGCAGGAUCAAGAAUAGCAGGAGCAUCAGGAAGAGAGAUUGGAACAUGGGAUGAAGAUACAGAAACAUCAAGAAAGAAUCAGUUCUUAGCCGAAGUGUUACAGUGGAGAGCGCAGAGUACACCAGACCAUGUUCUCUUCUCACUCCUAAAUAACAAGGGUCAGGUUGGCAUGACACUGAACUGUAGCCAACUUCACAAGCGAGCUGAGAGAGUGGCAUUGCUGCUUCAGGAGAAGGGUCGGGUUAACUCUGGUGACCAUGUAGCUCUUAUCUAUCCUCCUGGUCUGGAUCUCAUUGUAGCCUUCUAUGGAUGUCUUUAUGUUGGUGCUGUUCCAGUGACUGUACGUCCUCCCCAUGCUCAGAGCCUUGUAACGACGUUGCCUACCGUUCGUAUGGUGGUUGAGGUCAGCAAGUCGGUGGUUGUUCUCUCAACAGCAACCAUCAUUAAACUUCUCAAAUCAAAGGAGGCAAUGGGAACAGUAGAUAUCAAGACAUGGCCCCCUCUCCUGGACACCGAUGACCUUCCGAAGAAGAAGCUAUCGGGUAUCUAUCGAGCCCCUACCCCUGAGAUGUUAUGCUUCCUAGACUUCAGUGUCUCAACUACAGGCAUGCUUGCUGGGGUCAAGAUGUCUCAUGCAGCAGCGAGUGCAGUCUGCCGAGCCCAGAAGCUUGCCUGUGAACUCUACCCUUCUAGGGUGGUAUGUCUUUGUCUGGAUCCUUACUGUGGACUAGGAUUUGUCCUUUGGGUACUCAGCAGUGUGUACUCUGGUCAUCAAUCAAUCCUGAUUCCUCCAACUGAAAUAGAGACCAACCCAGCACUCUGGUUGACAGCUCUCAGUCAACAUAAAGUUCGUGACACUUUCUGCUCCUACUCCGUCAUGGAGAUCUGUACUAAAGGACUCGGUCAGAGUGUCUCUACCCUCAAGACUCGAGGCAUCUUAUUGUCAGCUGUAAGGUACUGUGUGGUAGUGGCUGAAGAGAGGCCCAGAGUAGCUCUUACAAACUCCUUCUCCAAGCUAUUCUCCAGCCUUGGUUUAUCACCUAGAGCCGUCAGUACGUCCUUUGGCUGCAGGGUCAAUAUGGCUAUUGCAUUACAGGGUGCAUCAAGUCCAGACCCUACCACCGUCUACGUUGAUACGAGAGCUCUGAGGAAUGACAGGGUUACCAUUGUAGAGAAAGGAAGCCCUCACAGUCUCUGUGUCAUGGAAUCGGGCAAGAUCUUACCUGGAGUGAAGGUUGUCAUAGCCCAUCCUGAGACCAUGGGCCAGUGUGCAGACUCUCACCUCGGAGAGAUCUGGGUCUCAUCACCGCACAACUCAUGUGGAUACUUCACUAUCUAUGGAGAUGAAUCCCUUCAUAAUGAUCACUUCACUGCUCAACUAAGGACCGGUGAGACGCAUGGCACGUUUGCCAGGACAGGUUAUCUUGGUUUCCUCAAGAGGACUGAUCUAACGCAAGCGGAUGGGGAUCGUCACGAUGCUCUGUUUGUUGUUGGGUCAUUGGAUGAGACAUUGAUGAUGAGAGGAAUGAGGUACCAUCCUAUAGACAUUGAAAACACUGUACUAAGAUGUCAUAAGAAUGUGUGUGAAUGUGCUGUCUUCACAUGGACCAACUUAUUGGUGGUGGUCGUGGAGCUGGAUGGGAAGGAAUCAGAAGCCCUUGACCUUGUCCCCUUGGUCACCAACGCUGUCCUGGAGGAGCAUUACCUGAUCGUUGGUGUGGUGGUGAUGGUAGACCCUGCUGUCAUCCCUAUUAACUCAAGGGGUGAGAAACAACGUAUGCAUCUCAGGGAUGGAUUCCUCGCUGAUCAACUUGAUCCCAUCUAUGUGGCCUACAACAUGUAGAGGCAACACGUCCUGCGUUGCCUGCCUCGUAUGGUAGCAACCUUAGGAGAAUGGUGGGUACACUCUGUGGUGUGGCACAGGAUUGGUCUGUGAGUAAGGUUGAUCUGUGUAAGGAAGACCCUUACAAGCUAUCUGACAAUCACAGUAAUCUGUAGUAGUUGCUAUCUGUUAAGAUCUAUAUGUAGGUGAGCAUCUAUUGUCAUUACCCAUCGGUUACAAGUCUUUGUUGGAACAUACAUAUACCAUGUAUGCCAACUGGAAUGAUUAAGGCUGAGUAUUCUCUUAGACCAUGUGACCUAUCAAGAUGAUAUAGUGUCAUGGAUGUCUAUUAUAUUGAAGGCUGUAAGACCCUUUCAUCGACCACCAAGAGCAAUACCAUAUUGCUUUAUGGAAAUGUUGUUUAAAUCUGAAGUUUGGCCGUAGUACCAAAAUAUAUUGUAUGUUUCAGUAGUGUAUCUGAAAUCAACUUGUAUUGUGUACUCUGUAGAUAUGAUUCUUGUUUAAAAUGAAUGUAGAUAUCAUGCAUUAUGUAAUGCUUUGAUGGGACUACUAGUUGAAUUAUAACCAAUGUAGAUUUCAUUGGAAGUUAUCAAGGUCAUGUUAUCAUCAGUUUGACAUCAUGAAUUCCAAUCAAUCAUAUUCAUUUAUGGACCUUAAGAGCUGGUGUUUACAUCAGGCUUCAUGUGGAAUUGCCAAGUGACAUCCUUGCAUGCGGCUGGACCGUGUUCUGUGCCGGCGGGUUGUGCCCCCAUUCUCUGUUGAAGAACUUGUAGCAUGUUGAGGCCGCAUGGAUGUGUUGCCUGCGACAUGUUACAGGAGCAUGGAUAAUUGAACAAGAAAUUAAUGGAAGAGGACGCGUAAGCCUCUUUUGCGCUAUCUUGCUAGAAUGAAAUAAGUACAGGAAGGACACUGCAAUUCUUUGGUCUACCACAGCCAAAUCAAUCUUGUGUACUUCAGCCUAUUUUGUUAUAGCAAGAAAUGCACAAUACACGAUGGAGCCUUAACUAUGUAGUUAACAAUACUCUGCUGCACAUCACUUUAUAUAUAAGGUUGUUGGUGGCUUUAUUGAGGUAUCGGUAAUGUAUUUCACAUUAAGUUUCAUUUGUGUAUAUUUGUACAUUAGCUGAUGAAUGUACUUGAAUAUGUAGAGAUAAUGAUCUUAUUUUCAGUAUGUGUACAUACUCACUGUAAGAAUCAGUUAGUUAAUAAUCUCUCUAUCUCUUACUUCUCUGUCCUCUUUCUGCCCUCUCUCUCUUAUUAUCUUUCUUAAUCUCUCUUUCUUGUCUACCCCCCCCCUCCCUUUCAUAUGGUAGUUUACUUAGACACAAAUUACUUCAUUCAACUAUCCUUUGUUUUUACAAUAAGAUAUUUCUUUGUUAGACAUGUGAGGUGGAGCUAUUCCAGUUGGUUAUGUAAUCAUUACCGAUGAUGAUUUUAAAAUGAAAGAAAUAUCUGUUUAACUUAUUACAUGGACCAUCUCUUCCUUGUUCUUCAAAAAAUGAGAAACAUGGUGAAUUGCUAAUUUAGGGGGGUUUUUUUGUUAAACUUUAUGACCUGUACAGAAACAAAGUUUGGAAGUUUCCACUUCUUGGACUUGGUUGCUAUUGAAUGUGAUAUUUUUGUAUAAUUUUACAAUCACAUGGUAAAUUUUGUACAAAAAUCAAUGAUUGGCAAUGAAGAUUAUCGGAUGGUAUGCUUUUUUGUAACUCUUGUAUAACCUGUUGAAAUAUGUACAUUAUCUAUAUAUAUUGCAAUUAAGUCUAAUCCUGUAGAUUUACCGUUGAAAAGCAGUUUCAUUGUCUGAAGAAUUAUAUACCAUGUGGUGCGGUAGUUUCUUGUGCAAUUGUAGUUAGUACGAUCGGAAAAAGAAUUAUAAUUAUGAAAUAUAAGAUAUGGUAUGAAGUGUGUAGGUAUGGCCAUGUUCACAUUACUUAGACCCUGUUACAAAUCUUGGCUUGUAACCUUACUGUCUUAACUCAGUCAGUCUGGAUGUAUUGAUGUUCACUUUAAAAGCAGACUUGUUCACACUUGCUCAUUCAGUUUUUAUUGUGCCAUUUUGUCUAAGUAAUGUGAACAGUAUUUUCUCUGUAACUGAUGUUAUUUUAUCAUUAUUCUCAGAGCACCUCAUAUUAUUUUUAUGAUUUAUUCUUGAUCUAUUUUGCUUUAAUGAUAUGUGCCUUGAUUUGUUGCUUAGUAACUGUGUCGUUGCAGCUUGAUCAAUUGUUACAUUUUAAACGUGUAAGAAGCUCCCAAUUACUAUGUUAAACUAUGAAAGUAUUUAUAUAAUGAUCAUCACCCAUUCAUGUUGUAAGUGUUAGAGCACACUAAUUCAUGUCAAUAAGUAUUAAUACUACUGUAUUAAUACUACUAUGAAACAGUAUGGAUGUCUAUACUUUGAAAUCUUUUUAUAUGCCUCUUUAUAUUUGAAGUAUUUCAAAUUGUAAAAAUCUUCUUUUGAACAUCGUUAAGUGACCUAGAGGAAGUUUUAUACUAAGAUCUUUAAAUUACAUCAGACAUGAAGAUAAGAAUCACAGAUGGGUAUUAUCUAUUUCAAUUCUAGAAGUAUUAUCAUAUCAUUUGUCAUUUGUAUGCUAGCAAGUAAAAUAAUAUCUGCAUAUAUUUGUAUGCAGAGAUGAUUUUAUUUCAAGACCUUUCUCUCUGAUAACUGAUAUGUUUUCAUACAAUGCAUACAUUUUACAAUGAUUGAGUCUUACAUAAAUUUUGUAUUUAAAAAUGGACCCUGCUUUGAUGCUAUUACACAAAUCUUUCUUCAAUUUUAUGGAGUUGUGUAUAUUGCAACUGUUGCUUUCAGCACUAUAAUUGAAUGACACAGGAAAUAGUUUCUUUCCAUGAAAAUGACACCCCCCCCAAAAAAAAAAGAAUUUAUCAUUAUAUAAUGGGUUAUGAAAUUGCCUCAAACAUAAAUAUUUGUUAUAAAAUUUUGAGAUUAUUUAUUAAGUUCUUUGGCCAAUAAAAACAAAUAUAUUAUUUUUGAGGUUAAUGUGAAAUGUAUUUAUUUCUGUAUUUUAUUUGUUUUAUUGUGCUGUAUCAGGAGAAUCCAUUUUGAAAGUAACAUUGUCAAAGAACUUUGAGAUAUUUUAUAUUGCACCUUUGCUUGGAACAGCCCUGUUAAUUGAACUUGUAAUAUUUGAAGUAAACUUAAACUAGUUGUGUUAGUCGAAUUGGGGCAUGUAUUGUUCAGGUAGUGGUGAGCUUUCUUGUAAGCGCUAUUAUAACAUCUUGUGUAUAACAAUCCCCUGUUGUAGAUUAUCAUUAUUGCUACUGCCCAUAACUAGUUCAUUUGAAGUUUGCAAUUUGUAUAGUUGUAACCACCUAUUAUAUCCAUCGCUCCCUGUAUAUUUUCUGUGAAUAUUUUGUAUGAAAAUUGUCAUGUACUCUAGUAUUGUGUGUUUAUAAAUAUCUUGCAAUGACAUGUAAAGACAGACUAUUAUAUAUGAUCAUAUAUCUUUAUCUUCCACACGUUUGUAAAAUUGAGUAUAGUAGCAAGCAGAUUUUAUAUUAUUCACAUAGUUAUGUCCAAAUCUUGGUUAGAGGGCUUGAACUGUUGAUUUAUAUGGAGGACAUUGAUGUAAAAUUUGAAAAUAAUGUUGAGAAACUGGUUGUACUUUCUACCGAGAUGGAGGUGAGGAUUUUUUUUUAAAUAAAGAAGAUGCAUGCAUGAAUGUAGACAUGAAAGAUUAUUAAGUGAAUAUGUAAUUGCUUAUUUAUAUGAUGCCAAUAUGUAUUUUGCAGUGUAGAAGAAAAUGCAUUGUAUAAUGUGAUCAGCUAGUAUCAAGUAACAAUACUUGCAUAUUUUUAUUAUUUUGUGUUAUCCAAUGCCAAAAUCAUAGCAGGAUAUAUAUUGCCUUUAUUUUCUGUUAUAAUGUUCUUUCAUUUCAAGCUGUGUACUCUGAGAUGAAUGUAGUGUUUCGUAUUAUUGUUCUGCUGUUAUUUGUACGUAUAUAACAAAAAUGUGCAUUUGGGGUUUGUGAAAUGCUGGGGAGAUGAAAAAAAACAGAAGAAAAAAAUACACCUAAAAAAUUCUUAAGU